UGAAUCUUGUCGAGAAAAGUGCAGUGUAUUGACCAUCUAAUUUGCUAUUCUUACAAUUCUUGCUCAUGCUUACAUAGUCAAGCAUUUUGAGUGCUUCAAAUCUUUGAUCCAUGUAGUAUUUGCAUUUUAAAAGAAUUUAAAAUUCAGGAAGUCAAUUAAAAUGGGUAGUGCUCUUACUACUGCAUCUAUAUCAGCCACUAAUGUAAUAGCACCAGUAUCUCAACAAGUUGCCAAGCUUAGUAACAUGGGAGAAAUACAGAGUAAUCCACCAUUAGAAUGUCCAAUGCACAAAUCAAAUCAAUUAAAUACUAUAGAUUAUAUCAGCAAAUGUCCCAUAGAUAAAAUGGAUGGAAGUGAUAUAAAUCCACUUAAUAUGAUGCCACCGGCAAAUCAGCAACCUUCUCCAGGUCAACCGUUCCCAUUACCAACUGAUAGAGAAGUCUCGACGAUACCAGAUGCAACUAAACCUGGAGAAACCUGGUUAUAUCCUUCUCAACAGAUGUUUUGGAAUGCUAUGUUAAGAAAAGGAUGGCGAUGGGAAGAGGAUGAUAUCAAUCCACAAGUUAUGGAAGCCAUAGUAAAGAUUCACAAUACCAAUAAUGAACAAGCAUGGAAAGAAGUUCUCAAAUGGGAAGCCCUUCACGCACACGAUUGUAGCAAUCCCAAACUGCUCAGUUUUUCUGGGAAUGCAAAAAAAUAUUCUCCACGUGCACGUAUUCGUUAUUGGAUGGGAUAUAAACUGCCAUUCGAUCGACAUGACUGGAUUGUGGAUCGCUGUGGUAAGCGUAUCAGAUACGUUAUUGAUUAUUACGAGGGUGAUAAAGUCCACGAGAAUCACUCGGUCGCAUUACUCGAUGUACGACCCGCUAUGGAUUCGUGGGAAAAUAUUUGGGAUCGAAUGAAAGUAGCAUGGUGGCGGUGGAAAUACCAAACUGACGAUAAAUCGGUAUCUACUGCCAAUGCACAGAGUAAUUAAUAUAAGUCGGCACUAACAUCAAAUAUUUUAGUUUGAAAUUUUAUUGAAAUAAUAAUGCCUUAACGAUCGCAUAUAAUGUGACGCUUAUUAUAUGUUAAGACAUCUGUAUGAAAAUUUACAGAAUAUCACGAUAAAAUUAAAAAAGUGUGUUCGUACAUCAUAAUCUUUUUUCAUUAUAAUAGACUUUAAAGACAUUAGCCUGUAAUAGCUGAAAUUUAUAUAUACAUAUGUUUUAAAUUUGUAUCAUACAAAUGAAAAGGUAGAAUAAAAGAGAUGUAUGAUGUACCAAUACGUAAUACUUAAUAAGUACAAAAAUUACUUUCUUUAAUGUACUUUAAUUAAAACUAGUCAAUGUAGAGUCAAGCGAAUGUAAAGAAUCUCGUAUAAACUAAACGAUAACCAUUUUUAAUUAUAAGAUAGUAUUAUUUUAAUACAAGGAUUUAAAUAAUCUCAUCAUAUUGUUCAUUUUCAAAUAUUUAACUUCUUUCGUGAUUUCUCUCGGAACUUAAGUCAUUGAUAUAACAAAAUUUAAGAAUUUAUUACCAUUAAUAUUACCAACAAUAAAUGUUCCUUUAUAUUUAUUAAGUAAGAUUUUUUACAGAUAUAUGAUAAUAUAUGUGCGCAUAUAUUUCAGUCACAGUUUUAUGUUACAAAUCGUAAUAAUGAAUAGAGUUUUUAUGAGUUUCUCAAAUUCUGUAUCAUUAAUGACUACAUUGUUUAUUGGAAUUUGAUAAUUACUAUUCCUUUUUUUCUCAUAAAGAAAUUAUAACAGAUUUAUUGUAUUUUUAUUAUGAACUGAUUUUAAACUAUAAAUUAAUUUUUGUUAAUAAAAGAUUAAAACAAACCUAAUGCAAAUAUUAGAGAUGAUUCAUAUCUUCGCUAAAUUAUUUCACUUAAUUAUAUAUUCUAAAUAUGAUCAUGAAAGAUAAUUAGACAAAUAUUGUGAUGUCGUAAUGUGUACAUAAUUUUAUUGUCAACAUAUAACUAUUUACCUUUCUUGCCAUUCACAUAGUUUACAGAUUUGGAUUAACUUAGUGACUUUGUACAUGUUACAUGGUAAAUUUUACAUAACUUUGUCAAUGAUAACGUCGAGAUCCAAAUUUUGUCAAU